AUGUCAGCUCUCAAUCAAACCAGCUUUCAUCCUGCCUCCUUCUUCCUGAUUGGCAUCCCAGGCAUGGAGGAGCUGCACAUCUGGAUCUCCAUCCCAUUCAGCCUGAUGUACAUCGUCACACUUUUCGGAAAUUUUACCUUAUUAUUGAUCAUCGUAACGGAGCGAAGCCUCCAUGAGCCCAUGUACCUUUUGCUGGCCAUGCUGGCCGUCUCUGAUCUAAUAUUGUCUUCCUCUACAGUGCCCAAAACGCUGAGCAUAUUCUGGGCCCAUUCCAAGGAAAUCUCUUUCGAUGCCUGCCUGACCCAGAUGCUCUUUACACAUAUUAGUUUUAUUGCUGAGUCAACCAUCCUGCUGGCCAUGGCGUAUGAUCGGUAUAUUGCCAUAUGUGAUCCCUUGAGAUACACGACUGUGCUAACACAUUCAGUGAUAGCCAAAAUAGGGCUGGCGGCUCUAGCUAGAAGCUUUUGUGUAAUGUUCCCAACACUUUUUCUCCUUUGGAGGCUACCGUACUGUGGACACAACAUUAUGCCUCACACGUACUGUGAGCACAUGGGCAUAGCCCGGCUGGCCUGUGCCGACAUAGCUGUCAACAUCUGGUAUGGUUUUACUACUACUCUUUUAUCACCAGGACUGGACGUUGUGCUCAUUGUUGUGUCUUAUGUUCUCAUCCUCAGGGCUGUCUUUAGGCUCCCGUCCAAGGACGCCCGUCUCAAAGCUAUUGGGACCUGCAGCUCCCACAUCUGUGUCAUAUUCAUGUUUUACGUGCCAGCGUUCUUCACCUUUUUCACACAUCGGUUUGGCCACAACGUCCCCCACAACGUUCACAUCCUACUGGCCAAUCUCUACGUACUCCUUCCACCCAUGUUAAACCCCAUCGUCUAUGCAGUGAAAACUAAGCUAAUUUGGGAAAAGGUGGUCCGCAUGUUCUUCAAGGCAGGGCAGUGGUGCUGA